AUGAGAAUGUCUCUGUCUAAUGACACACAAGUCCAUCCUUCUUCCUUCCUCCUGCUGGGCAUCCCAGGGCUAGAAGAUGCACACAUCUGGAUUGGACUUCCCUUUUGUUUUCUCUAUCUCAUUGCAGUCCUGGGGAACACUACUGUUUUAUUUGUGAUCCAAACUGAACGUAGUCUUCAUGAGCCCAUGUACUACUUCCUAGCUAUGUUGGAUUCCAUUGACCUGGGUCUGACCACGGCCACCAUCCCCAAAGUGUUGGGCAUCUUCUGGUUCAAUCCCAGGGAACUAUCCUUUGGAGGAUGCCUUUCUCAGAUGUUCUUCAUCCACUUCCUCACGGCCAUGGAAAGCAUUAUGUUGUUGGCCAUGGGCUUUGACCGUUACAGCAUUUGCCAGCCUCUUCAGUAUACUGUCAUCUUCACCAACCAAGUUAUUGGUGUCAUCGCAGGUGUCGCUGUCCUGCAAAGCCUAUACAUGGUUGCUCCGCUGGUGUUUCUCCUCCUGAGGCUGCCUUACUGCGGACACCACAUCAUCCCUCAUACCUACUGUGAGCACAUGGGCAUUGCCCGUCUAGCUUGUGCCAGCAUCAAAGUCAACAUCAUGUUUGGUCUUAGCAACAUCGUUCUCUUAUUACUGGAUGUGGUUCUUAUUAUUCUAUCCUACGUCAGGAUCCUCCAUGCAGUGUUCUGCCUGCCCUCCCAGGAGGCCAGACUCAAGGCUCUGAAUACCUGUGGAUCUCAUAUAAGUGUUAUCUUAACCUUUUUCACCCCAGCAUUUUUCUCUUUCUUGACACAUCGUUUUGGCCAUAAUGUGCCCCAAUAUAUCCACAUUUUCUUGGCCAAUCUCUAUGUGGUUGUCCCCCCAGCUCUCAAUCCUGUGAUCUAUGGGGUAAGGACAAAGCAGAUUCGUGAGCCAGUGCUGAGGAUUUUGUUUCAGAAAGAUCACUAG